AUGCAGAUCAAGAAAGCCAUCUUUGCAGUGGCCUUUGGCCUUGUCACGGCCAGCACUGUCGCUGGAGAAUGGCUGAAGGUCUCACCUGGCAACAGCUAUGACGAAUACUGCAAAGGUAGUGGCACCAAGUUCCGCUCAUCUCGCUUGUGCGUCAACGUUAAACCCUCUUUCUUCAAGCGGAUCAACGAACAAGCAUCAAGCUUCCAAGGCUAUAUCUCUAGCGAUGCUACAGGUUUUGUGGUUAUCGACAAUGGACAGAAGCCUCAAAUUGUUCUGGACACGCACACUCUGAAGAUCAAGUUCUACGACUCAAUUUGCGCUUCGGUGCAGAUCUGGACAAACUCUGCGGUGUCAACGGUCAUCGGCGAUCAGCAGGUCUGCUACUCGGACCCUUACAAUCUCCCGGACAAUGUCUAA